UUCCCCCAAACUGGUUUCCAUCUCAUGAAACCGAAUCCUCCAGCUGCGGCGUCCCAGACGCCCGCCCCGACACGCCCCUCGCCCGCCGCCUCCCCACUGCGCCCCUGCCUUUGCCCGGUGCUGUCGGCUGCUCCGCCGACCACGGUCCCGGCACCUCUGCCCGUGCGCCCUUUGCCCUGAAGAUGAAGGUUUGGCUGUUGCUUGGUUUUCUGCUCCUGCACGAAGCGUUCGAGGAAAUUACUGGCCAACCGCUUCCCAAGAACAAGCGUCCAAAGGAGCCUGGAGAGAAUAGAAUCAAGCCUACCAACAAGAAGGUGAAACCCAAAAUUCCUAAAAUAAAGGACAGGGAUGCAGCUGAUGCCCCACCAAAGACUCAAUCUAUAAUGAUACAUAUGAUGGAUAAAGGCCGCUUCCAGAAGCCUGCAGCAACCCUGAGCCUGACUGCAGGCCAAACUCUAGAGCUUCGAUGUAAAGGGAACAAGAUUGAAUGGAGUUAUCCUGCCUAUCUUGACACCUUUAAGGACUCUCGCCUUAGCGUGAAGCAGCACGAGCGCUACGGGCAGCUGACCCUUGCCAACUCCACAGCGGCGGACACGGGCGAGUUUAGCUGCUGGGGGCAGCUCUGCCAGGGCUACGUCUGCAGGAGGGACGAGACCAAGACGGGCUCCACCUACAUCUUUUUUACAGAGAAAGGAGAACUCUUUGUACCUUCUCCCAGUUACUUUGAUGUUGUCUAUCUGAACCCGGACAGGCAGGCUGUGGUUCCUUGUCGAGUGACUGUCUUGUCGGCCAAAGUCACCCUCCACAGGGAGUUCCCUGCCAAGGAAAUCCCAGCCAAUGGAACAGACAUUGUUUAUGAUGUGAAGAGAGGCUUUGUGUAUCUGCAACCUCAUGCCGACCACCAGGGGGUGGUCUACUGCAAGGCGGAGGCUGGGGGCAAGUCUCAGAUCUCAGUCAAGUACCAACUGCUCUAUGUGGAAGUUCCCAGAGGCCCUCCGUCAACAACCAUCUUGGCGUCCUCAAACCAGGUGAGAAGUGGGGAUGACAUCAGUGUCCUCUGCACAGUCCUCGGGGAACCCGACGUUGAGGUGGAAUUCCGGUGGAUCUAUCCAGGACAGAAGGAUGAAAGGCCCGUGACAAUUCAAGACAGUUGGAGGCUGAUCCACAGAGGACUGGGGCACACCACAAGAAUCUCCCAGAGCACCCUGACCAUCGAAGACUUUGAGACCAUUGAUGUAGGAUAUUAUAUUUGCACUGCUCACAAUCUCCAUGGGGAGACCACAGUUGCUACCACUGUUGAGUCUUCCUGACUUGGCAAAUGAAGUACGAAGAACUGAUGGAAAGUUCAUUUGUGUCCAUAACCCGCUUCGGGGUUCUUUUGACUAAUGCUUUGCCAGAGGCUGAUGUCAAGUGCCAGACCCCACCCCCUGCCCUGUGAGUCAGACCCAGACAUCCAAACUAAAAGGAAGUCAUCCGGUCUAAUAAUAGAAGUGUUAACUCCUCUGACAGAGAGCAUGUAUUUUGAUUGCUUACCUAUCUCCAUGCAUUUCUACUUUUUAUAAUAAAAAAGCAUCGAUAUUAACUUUAUAUCCUCAUUUCUAUUAAAUAAGCAAGUUUCUGUAAAAACAAAAUGAGCUAAGUGUUCAUUUUUUAGUUUGUUUUGAAGCGCAUCCAGGAGGAUUUGCUGGCAAAUGUUUGGACCAUUACCCAAGAUUCUAUUUGAUACCACAACUACAACACAUGAGGACCUAAAAAUGCAGUAAUACAUGGGUCGGCCACAUCUACAAUGCAAAUACAAAGGUAUCAAAAAAUGGUGUAAACUUGCCUUUCUAAGCUGCCAUACUCAAAAGUACGAGUUCUAAAGGAGUCAUUCUCGAGUAUUUUUUAAAAAAUUCAACUUUCAAUAUAAAAUAAAUUUCCAGGUCAAGGAAGACUCAACUUCAUUUAGGCUUUUUUGCCAUCUUUAAAAAUAUUUAGACUUUAGCUGUUCCUAUUUUCUUACCUUAUCCAGAAAAAAUUAUUAAAAUCCGUCAAAAUUUCUCCAACACACAUAGCUGGGAAUUCAGAGAAGCUUACCUGUAAGUCUCACUCUGAAAGGCAGAUUUCAGCUCCAUGACUAAUUCUGUCAUUGCAUUGGAAGCUCCUGGGAAACAGCUGAAGAGAAGACAGAUGGCCACCUGGGUCUUGAGAAGGGCUAAAACUGGGUAACACUUUGGAGGAUGGAAUAGGUCCGAGGUUACAAUUCUUACAUUGAAUAUUCCAGCAUUAUUUAUUUGAUCAAAGUAAAAUACACUUUCCAUCACUACAAACUGAUCACAACUACAGUUUAUACAUCCAUAUUUUCAUGACGUGCCAACAUUUUGCAUCUUACGUGAAAAACAUUUGGUUUGG